AUGAUUAACAUACAAAGAAAUACGUCAAACAAUAAUCCCGUAAAUCCCGGUAGAAUGAUAAUUGUUGCACGUAAUAAUCUUCUUCAACAAAUCGAUAGUAAUAGAAAUAGAGUCUUCCCCCUUCACAUUCAAAAUCCAACUAGAUUCGUUACAAUUCUAAAUAAUAAUACGAAUCGACGUGCAAGACGUUACUAUACAGGCUUUGAUUUAUUUUGUGUCGUUGUUGGAGAAGAGGCUAGAAAUCUUAACGAGACGAAUCAGAUUGUAAUUAGACUUGUUGCUAAUGCAUUAUGGAGGAGUAGUGACGUGAAUGAUAAAAGUCGUUAUUGCAUCCUUGCUCGUAUGAUUAAUAAUUGA